UUCCUUUCACUUUCUAUCGUUGAAGCACUCAUUGCUGGUGUGCUUUUCCCACUCUGUUAAAUUGGUUCUCUUUCUCUCUUUCGCCUUCACACCCUUCAACUAGAAGGAAGAAGAAGAAGAAGUGGGGUUCUCUUCUGUUGAAGAAUUCAGUUUUAGUCAUCUGGUUAAGAAAGUUCUUGUCGCCAUGCUGUUUGAAAGAGGCUCGCCGGCGAGGUGCUUCAUGACACCGCCGCCGCAGCCGCCGUCUCCAUGGAAGACCAUACGUUCACGCUCUCCCAGUGUGCCAUUUUCAGAGAGAAAGAAAUCACCAAGCUCUUUGAAUAAAAAUGAUCUUUUUCAUAUAAUUCACAAGGUCCCUUCCGGGGACUCACCUUAUGUUAAAGCCAAGCAAGUUCAGUUAGUAGAUAAGGAUCCGGGAAGAGCAAUUUCCUUGUUUUGGGCUGCCAUCAAUGCUGGAGAUCGUGUUGAAAGUGCCUUGAAGGACAUGGCCUUGGUAAUGAAGCAACUGAAUAGGUCCGAUGAGGCAAUUGAAGCCAUCAAAUCUUUCCGUCAUCUUUGUCCUUCGGAAUCUCAGGAUUCUCUUGACAACAUUUUGGUUGAACUGUUUAAGAGGUCAGGCAGGGUUGAUGAGGAGAUCGCCAUGCUUCAUCACAAGUUGAAGCUAAUUGAAGAUGGCAUAACCUUUGUGGGAAGGACUACAAAACAAGCAAGGUCUCAAGGGAAGAAGAUUCAAAUAACUGCUGAGCAAGAGAUAUCAAGAAUACUGGGCAACUUGGCCUGGGCUUACUUGCAAAAAGAAGACUAUAAAACUGCUGAAGAACAUUACCGGAAAGCAUUGUCUUUUGAGGUUGAUAGGAACAAACAGUGCAAUUUGGCAAUAUGUUUGAUGCAUAUGAACAAGAUCAAAGAAGCAAAGUUUCUACUCCAGGCAGUACGCACCGCUACAAAAAAUAGAAAGAUGGACGAGUCCUUUGCUAAAUCAUUUGAACGCGCUUCUCAGAUGCUAAUUGAGAUAGAGACGACAUCAUCAUCAUCAGAUAAUGCACCAUUUUCAAUGACGAGUUUGCCUCGGUGCUCUUCACAAGGCUUUGAGAACUCAACUAGGAAGAGCUCUGAUAGAGUUAAGAGACCUGAUGAGGGGGAUGUAUCUCAUGCCAGGAGGAGAUUGUACCAAUCCCCUGAUCCUGGUAGAAGAGACCUGAAUCUGUAUGUUCCUUGCACAAAGCCAAAAAGAUGUUCAUGGGGCUUCAACAAUGGAUAUCGAAGGGAAGCUUGGGGAGAUGUCCAUUCAGAUUCUAAAUCUUCAUUUGGGACUCCUCCCAAAGAUAAGCAUGUCACGAGGAUGCUGAACGCAAGAGAAAAUGGUUUGUCUUCACCUGCCAGUGAAAAAUGGAGGGCAAGUACACUGGAAGGUCCUGCUCUACUGAAGCAUGAAGAUACAACAGUAACAAGUUCUGAUUUGUUACACACUUUGAAUACAGAAGCAGCAGUGGAGUUUACUGACCAGGAGAAAUCUUCUGCAGGAGACAGUGGCCAUAGAUAUAUCAUGUCAGAAUCACAUGCCAUGGUUGAGAAUGAUAUCGAUGACUUUGCUUCCGGAAAUGGAAAACCAUAUGAGAAGAAGAGUUGGGCAGACAUAGUAGAAGAAGAACAAAACGAAGAGAAUGACUUCUUCAGUGGAUACAUCAAUUUUGAUGGUGAGGACGGUGUAGAAGUGUUUAAUGAUGAAAAUGAAGACUCCAACAUAAUCUAUCAAAGUCCUUGGCCACAUAAUCAGCCUGAAUGGUCAAGCAAAAAGCUUGAAUCUUUGGAACAGAAAGAUGAAUACUAUGCAUCUGGGAGUGCCAUUUUGUCAAGGAAUCCAACAGCAAGGCGUUCUCUGUGUUUCAACCCGGAACUGAGUUCAGAAUCAGCAUCAAAAUCACCAAACAAAGUUUCAGACUUGGAAAUUCGGGACUCAUCGGGUGGGGAGAAGAAGCUAACUAGGAGAAGCAGGUUACAGGUGUUUCAGGAUAUUACUCUUCUCCCUGAAACCCCACGAUUAGUCUAA